AUGGCAACAACCGAGGAAUAUGAGGAGACGGUGCCAAUGAAUGGCGUUGUGUCCCUGUACACAUGUAAAAGAUGCAACAAGAUAUUCCCCUGCAAGCGGGAUCAACUUCUACACAAAAAAGAAGUCCAUUCACAAACCAAGUCUUCGUACGAAUGCAAAAUGUGCCAGAAGUAUUUCUGCAACAGCGGCAAUUUGGAGCGACACAUGAAGGUGCACAACGAUGUGCGCCCCUUCGUCUGCCGCAUCUGUGGGAAGGCCUUUGCCCAGUCUGUGAAUUUAAAUCGCCACUAUUCCGUGCAUAAUGGCGAACGACCAUAUCAGUGUUCAUUUUGUACAAAAUCAUUUACCCAGCAAUCCAAUAUGCAGCGCCAUCAGCUGACCCAUACGGGUGAGAAACCAUUCCGUUGCAAACGUUGCGGCCGCUACUUCUCGCAGCGUGUCAACCUUAAGAAACACAUCAUGGGCCACUUGAAUACGAAACCCUAUUCGUGUCGGAUUUGUGAGAAGUCGUUCAUACAGCUGGGAAAUUUCAAGAAACAUUUGCAUUCACAUGUCAAGGAGGGUCUGGAGAUAGAUAUGAAGGCCACCAUUGAGGAGGCCCAGGCCAUAGCCAAACAAAAUCUAGAAUUAGCUGAUGAACAGCCAGUGGGUUUUGAGUGUGCCGUCUGUCGUUCGGUCUUCAAUAAUUUCACCGAUUUCGAAAUGCACGAAGGCGAGUGCAAUGAUAAUGCCCAAACGGCCUUGGAACAAAAGUAUACCCCAGAACAGAUACAUGAGGUGAUUGUGGAAGAAACGCAGGAACAUGUCGAUGAUCAUAUGUUGCCGAUUGAGACUGGCGCCAGCUUGGGAACAUAUGCUCCAUUGAAAUUCAGUGUAUCCCAAUUGGAUACCCACGAGAUAAUUAUUGAGACCAGUCGAUAAAAAGUAAACAAACA